UCAGUGUGCGCAGGCGCACAGGCCACCGUUUACCAUCGAGCUCUCGCAGGCGCAGCAGAAUCAACGCUGUCAAGGAAACGCGCACGCUAGUCGCAUCAUUCCGAGGUUUAACUGAACCUGUCUCGCGCACUCAUUGUGUUAUUUACAUUAACGUAUGCAAAGUCAUCGCGGUUGAGCAAUGGGUGCAAUGUGAAAUCACACAACGAGGGAACAGCGGAGGGAGUAAUAUCAGAGAGACGGAGCGGCAGCCCUUUGCUUGACACAGGCUCGCAGCAGGUUGGUAUUUAAUUUGUCUCUCUCUGUCCUUUACAGCAGUAUUCAGUCAUGCCGCUGGUGAAGAGAAGUAUUGAACCCAAGCAUCUGUGUCGAGGAGCUCUGCCUGAUGGAGUGCCCAGUGAGCUGGAGUGUGUCACCAACAGCACCCUGGCGGCCAUCAUCAAACAGCUAGGAGGCCUGAGUCGGCAUGCAGAGGACAUCUUCGGGGAGCUGUUUAAUGAAGCCAACAGCUUCUAUAUCCGCAUGAAUAACCUACAGGAGAGAGUGGACCUGCUGGCUAUCAAAGUCACCCAGCUAGACUCCACUGUGGAAGAAGUCUCUCUGCAGGAUAUCAACAUGAGGAAAGCCUUCAAGAGCUCUACCAUUCAGGACCAACAGGUGGUUUCCAGGAACUCCAUCCCUAAUCCUGUGCUUGAGCUCUACCACCGUGGAGACAAACCUCCCCCUCUUAAUAUACUGAGUCCUUACAGAGAUGAUAAGAAGGAUGCACUAAAGUUCUACACAGACCCCUCCUACUUCUUCAUCCUGUGGAGGGAGAAAAUGCUGCAAGCCACUGAGGACAAGAGAAAAGAGAAGAGGAGACAGAAGACCAGCAGCUCAGGCCAGACUCACUCAGACCAGACUAAGUCCCACUCCAAGCAGGCCCUUCCCAGAAGCCCCCUUCUGUCCUCCGAGCAGCAGAAGCAGGUUGAGGAUCCCAGUCGUGAAGUUAAAAAGGUCAGAAAAGCUCGCAAUCGCAGACAGGAAUGGAACGUAAUGGCGUAUGAUAAGGAGUUCCGCCCUGAUGCUCGAUUUACCCCCUCUCCGUACCAUGGCAUGUCGUCUGAGGGCUCCUUGUCACCUGACAACAGGUCAGUUGCCUCAGACAUGGGUGAGCACUCUUAUCCAGGCAGCCCCAGUCACACCGGUCAGCAGAUGGCCGUUAGUACUGCCUACUCCACUGCUGAUGGAAAAGAGCACCUCAUGGCCCCCUCACAUGUCCAGACUCAGUCCUUGGACCGCAGUUACCGCCCCGCUCCCUCCUCCGUUCCUGCUGGAAGACAGACCAUUGGCAGGGUUCAGACCUCCCACGGCCAACCAAUUACAGAUCCUGCCCUCAAUGGACCACGCCAAUUGCAGGCUAAGGAUUACAGUGGUCAGCAGUCUCGGGAGUAUUUCGUACCUCCUGCUCCUCCUCCCCCUCCUCCUCUAAUUCCCUCUGCCCAGACUGCUUUUGACAGCCCCACUGGCCCCACCUCUGCCCCUGCCAGUGCCAUGGCAUCUCUCUCCCAGUCUUACAACCCUUCUCCUCCUACCCCUGCUCUCCCUGCCUCCUACACCCCUUCCCCAACCCAUCCUCCACCCACAGUCCCUCCUCCACCUCCACCCGGGCCACCCACGCACCCCCAUACGCACCCACACGCCAUGCCUACGGCCCCGGCGGAAGCACCGGUGGUGCCCAGGAAGGGCCAGGUACCCCUGAUCCCAAUGAGCGAUGCACGCAGCGACUUGCUGGCUGCCAUCAGACGAGGGAUCCAGCUGCGUAAGGUGCAGGAACAGAGGGAGCAAGAGGCCAAGAAGGAACCGGUCGGAAAUGACGUGGCCACUAUAUUGUCACGUCGUAUCGCCGUGGAGUACAGCGAAUCGGACGAAGACUCUGAGCUGGAUGAAAACGAGUGGUCAGACUGAGGCACGAAAGAUACAAUUUUAAAAGAUUUAAAAACACACAGGUUAUAGGGUAGGCUUACUUUAACAGAAUUAACAUAACUAAUGUAGCAUGCCAAUGUAUGACACACUAACAGGACAUAGCUCCUGCAUUAUAAAAAAGGGCUGCGUAACUACAAAAUCUUAAAGAGACAGGACCGGAAACUUCUUAGUUUUUGUACGUCAUUAAUUUGAAGCCUUGUCAGUGGAGUUUAAUAACAGUUUUGACCCCAUGGAAAAAAUGCUUGCAGUCGGCUCAUCCACACAGCAGGCUGGAGUCCACUGCACUGAGACUAUUCAUCAUUUACUCUGAGUGUAGUGGUCCCACCAUCUGUUUUCUCUUCUGCACUUUCUCUUGCUCGCAUGACCUCAUAAUUAAUAGAACAGCCAGCUGGACAACCACAAAAUGCUAAAUUUAGCCCUUCUAUCCAAAGACAAGUCUGGAGGAAAUUGCAAAUAAAGUGAAAUUUCAAGCAAAUACUUAAAAUGUUUAUGGUUCAACCCCAAACUUAAAGGCUAUAUUUUGACCGUUUGGAAUGCUUGUUGACCAAGUUUGAAGCAUUUAAAAUUCGCAAAGCAAUAUUUAUGAGCGAUUUGCUUAGAUACUGUCAAGCACAAACACACACUAGGUGGGUGAUUCUCGCGAAAUUAGACUUAUGAGGUGUCAUGAAACAUUUUGAUUAAAAAAAGUAAAUGCAAAGUAAGAGUGUCAAAAUAAGAAGCAUAGAGUUACAAACAUCUCUUCACGUACUCUUUUGUACAUGAUUUCAAAUUAUAUCAUACAAACCAAUUUUGUUGUUUUUUCCACAUUUAAGGGGAAAAUUUCAUUUCCGCAACGUCUCCAUGACUGGAUUUGGGUUCUUUGACAUGGAAAUAUUUAUAAUGAAAAAUCUAAAAAAAAAUUAAAAAAUUAUGUUAUACUAUAAACAUUUAUAGUAAAGAAACAUGUGGUAUUUGGUGAUCAUUGGUAAAUGUAGAGACAAUAAUAAGGAAUAUAAAUGUGUCCAAGAAAAAUUUUCUCAUCCUCCGCAAAAAUUUUCAAUCAUUGUUUAAGCCCUCAAGGAACUAACAUUUUCAAAAAAAAUUGUUGGAAGGGACAUAAUUGACUGUGACACUCAAGAUGGCUACCAGGUAAGCAGUUCUUAUUUUUUUCUCUCCAGAUAAAAGUUUUUGUUUUGUCAUAGUACCCAGACAACUUUUUAGGUCUCAUUACCGAAACAUGAGUUUGUAAAUGCAUAUAUUUAAUGUAAUAUCAUGUUGCUGUAAUGAUAAUUUUUGAUAAUGAUUAUCUAAAAAAUGUUAAUAAUUCUAUAGGAAAUAUUUUCUAAAUCCUCUAAAAAUAAUGGUUAUAGUAAGUCCAGACCUAAAUCUUAUAUGUGCAAAAAAAUUGGCUUCAAGGGCUUUUUAAAAAAAUCUGAUGCUGGACACCUUUUAAGUCUGCAUUUCGUGAGAAUCACCCAGGUGUUAUUAUUUAUAUUAGUUUUAAAAAGUUAUUUAUGUUUAAUUCACAAGCGUCCCAGAAAACGGAAAAUGGGAGAGGUUUCACUCUAUGGACAAUCUGAAUUAUAUAAAGGCAUCUAAAGCAUCCAAUGUAAUAUAUAUAUAUUCGAUUUUAGUGUUGUUAAUGUUGGAAAUAAAAUAUAUUUUCUGUGUCUAAGGGAUGACAAGAGGCUAGUUGAGUUGACUAUGAUAAUAUUUACCAGAUUUUAAUGAAAGAAAUGUAACAAGUUUGGAUGGAUUGAAAUAAGUGUAUUGAAAUGAAUUUUAUUUGUUUCAAAUCGAGAUUUUGAAGGACUUUAAUAUGAUUAUAUGGUGCAUUCCUAAUCCACCAAUAUGUUAGUCACAAACUGUGAUUGCUGCGUCUUGUGAGCAGUUACUGGUAGUGGAACUACACAUGACUUUAAAUAGGUAUAUAUAGGUACUAUUAAAUAUUUUGUUUUGAGGUUCACGUAGUGCUGUGUUAGUUGAAUUGUGUCUUUAACUGUAUCAAGAUUUCUCUCUUCAUAAUGUUUUUUUUUUCUCCACCUGAUCUUUUCAAGUAUGGAUAUUAAACAGAAACUACCAAUAUGUUCUGUUACUUCCAUAAUUGAUCAGUUGCUGGUUUUGUUGGAUUUUAGUUUGGUUGUGUUUUAAUUGAAUCACCUUGCCCUUUGCCUGGGCAUUUAAAAUGUUAAAUAUGCUAUUUAAUCGAUCUAAUAUUUGUACAGAACGAAAGCACUUCAGUAUUUCUGCUUUUUUAUUUAAGCGUUCGCUUUAAUGUGCCACUUACACUGGGAGGCUUUGAGUUUAAACUCUCGCGAACGUAUCAGCUAUCGUGAGCCGUGUGUUUAGCCCGUGUUUUGUAUGUAAAAAAUGAAGUCGUUUGUGUUGUAAACAUUGUGAUGUAUAGAACUUGAAGACGGCAGAAUUGCAAGAGAAUCAAUGUAUCAAAAACAUACACUGUAGGCAAAUGCUGUAUGCAUGUACUGACUGCCAUUAAAGUGCUUCUUAACACUU